AUGGCAACAUUUGUUCGACAAAAAACGUUAGAAGUGACGAAACCGUUAAAACUUUUCGCUUUGUUCCCUCUUUCGCCCGAUGGGUCGCGAAACCUUCACGUAUCCGUUCCAAUGUUAGCACUCUCUUCGAUCAUAUGCUGCGCUUACACUGUCACUAACGUUAUAUUAUGUAUGAUUCAGGGUAUAUUUCCGGAUAAUAUACUUCAGACGGCAAAAAUAUACAGAUUUACCAGUAUCUUAUUGAACUGUGUACCUUUACUGUCCAUCUUUGAACUGUUGAACAAAUUGGAAGACUUGAACAGACUUUCCCGUUUCUUGGAUGUCGCAGAGUCAAGAAUACUCGAACUGGGACAGAGGGUGGACUACAAGGACAGCCUGAGACAUCUCAUGUUCAACAGUUGCCUUACAGUCGGGGCCUUCUUUGUAAGGCUGAGGAAGAAUGAUGUACAAAGCCAUAGAAGUUUUUUGAAAUCCCUAAUGAAAACUGUGUAUAAACACAUUCUUCUCGGUAACAUGGUAGUCCUUGUGCAUUGGUACACGACUGUUCUUGGAACUGUGGACAUCCUGUUCUCUGUUUGCAAGCGAGCGGUUUUGCAAUGGAAGAUGUCUCCAUCCCAGAACAUAAAAACUAUAGAAAAGCUCGUAUUGAUACACAAUAUAUUGUCCAUGUGUUCAAGGCUCAUUAACAAGAUCCAUGGGAUCCGUGUAGUCAUCAUAAUACUCACUUCUUUUGUAUUUUCCUUGUCAGGGGCGUAUAGGUCCUAUGAAAUUCUCUCCAUGGCCAAGCAAGGCGCUGGUGUAUCUUAUUACGCCCUCUUAGACAAACUUAUCUGGGUCAUCGUCUGCUUCCACUUGUGUUUACAGAUUAUAGUAACGAGUAGGAGCUGUUCCAGGGAGGCAAAAGAGUUUAAUACGCAGUUGUACCAACUGAUGAUCGAUGAUACGACAAACGACAUAUCAAACAACAAGAAACUACGUCUCCACAUCGCGAUGAAGAGAGAAGUUGUCUUCACAGCUUGUGGAUUUUUCACUUUGGAUUACACCUUGGUUCAUUCGAUGAUCGCAGCGGCCACAACCUACCUCGUGAUUUUGAUCCAGUUCGGGCAACACCAAUCCAACACCUCUGACCUCUCUGCCAACUCAUCUCCCUUCAGCAAUACUACAGACCUACCGCUGUCAACCUCAACGAUGUAACUACCAUCACUAACUCAUAUUCCUGUAAAUACGAUUGUUGUUAUGAAUAUGUGUGUGUGCAUAAAAUUAAAUUGUAAUGUAACUUAUUUUAAGUCGUUCCGUUUUGAAAACAAAAUGAAACAAAAAAUUGUCUGUGUAGUGAUGUUUAAUAAAGUAAUUAUUUUUCUUAAGAA